UAUUAUUGUAUAACUAUAGGACAUAUGUUUGUGUCUGAUUAUGUGUCAAGCGAAGCUUAUUUCUAAAUGAAGAGAAACCUCUGGAUGUACUUUUGUUGAAGUGUUUGUCACAAAAAGAUAAGACUGGUAACGGAUAUUCGGAAACCAUGAACUAUCAUCUGCAUUUUUUAAUGUCAAUAUACUUUGGACUUUUACACACGAUAGUGGAAAGUGGAGAUACUAAAAUGAAUAUGGUGUUGAGAGCCUUAAUGAAUAAACGAGCAGUGAACGUUAAAACUGAAAAUCAUUUUCCUCCGACGCCGCAACCAACUACAAUGCCUCCGUCGCCACCACCAACUACAAUGCCUCCAAUGCCACCAGGAUGUGUUUAUAGAGGACAAAUAUAUCGUUUUGGUGAGAUGAUUGAACAGGGGCAAUCAGGAAACUGGUGCUAUUUCACAAUGUGUGACCAUUCAGGGCAAAUCAUAUAUGGGGAUGAUUUCCACUGUUCUACAACAUUACCCCCAAUAACAACAUUACCAUCAACCCCAACACUUCGUGGAUGUUUCUUUGAAGGGAAACAUUACCAACUUGGGGAACAAAUAUCUAGCGGACAUUCCGGAAACUGGUGCUAUUUUUCAAAGUGUGACCAUUCAGGUCAAAUCAUUCAUGGUGAUGACUUUAAUUAUUGUUUGACAACAUUACCACCAACCCCAACACCUCGUGGAUGUUUCUUUGAAGGGAAACAUUACCAACUUGGGGAACAAAUAUCUAGCGGACAUUCCGGAAACUGGUGCUAUUUUUCAAUGUGUGACCAUUCAGGUCAAAUCAUUCAUGGUGAUGACUUUAAUUGUUUGACAACAUUACCACCAACCCCAACACCUCGUGGAUGUUUCUUUGAAGGGAAACAUUACCAACUUGGGGAACAAAUAUCUAGCGGACAUUCCGGAAACUGGUGCUAUUUUUCAAUGUGUGACCAUUCAGGUCAAAUCAUUCAUGGUGAUGACUUUAACUGUUUGACAACAUUACGACCGACAACACCAACACCUCCGAUAAUACAUAUAGGCUGAUCUGUUCAAUAAUAAACUUCGUCGUUUUUACGUACACCUCCGAUAAUACAUAUAGGCUGAUCUGUUCAAUAAUAAAAUUCGUCGUAUUUACAUAUAUUUUCGUUUAAAAAAAGAAAAAUAUUUAGAACUACAGGGGAGGGGGGGGGAGACAGUCAAUUUGUAAAUUAAGAAUAAGCGGUCACUCUUUAAACAUUGAGAUAGACAGACAUUAAAAAAACAUAUAGAAAGAUCUGAGCGUCUUUGUUCAAAUUGCAUACUUGGUAAAGUUGAAGAUGAGGUUCAUUUUUAUGUUAGAAUGCCCUGAUAUUUAAAGGGAAGAUUUUUUUUCAAUACAUUUCUUACAAUUGAUAUAAUUUUAAAAAAAAAAUCUUCUAAAUUUUUAUUGCCCUUGACCCAAGAAAAUGUAAAGUCUUAUGGAAAAACUGGACUUUUAUAUUUGUGACUGUUUUGAACUAAGUCAAGUUAAUGAUUUGAGAAUGACAUAUAAUGUAAUCUUAUUCUUUUAUUCACAAUAUAUAUGUGGUUUUUGGCUCUGAUUCUGACCAAUGCUAAAUAUAUAUUUACAUGUGA